UGAGUCUCAGCAAGUUCGAGUCCCUUCCAAGUUCGGAACCGUUUUCGUCUAACAACACUUCCUCCAUUUUCCUUGUAUUGUAAAUCAAGUCACAGUGUAAACAGAAAUCAUGGAGGGUGGACCUUAUAUGAUGCAGCAUCCAUCAAUAUCACAGAAGCUAGGUGGAGGAUCUUUUCUUGUGUCCAAGCUUGCCACUGGAUUUCACUCAAGAAACUCUUCCAGCAGUGGCAUUUACCUCAAUGGCUUUGCGGCCGUGACACCGGGGGUAUCUCCGGUCACAGCUUACUCUCCGGCGGAGAAAGGAGGAGCUACUACUUCUUUCAUAGUGGAUUUUCUGAUGGGAGGAGUGUCUGCUGCUGUGUCUAAGACUGCGGCCGCGCCGAUCGAGAGAGUUAAGCUGCUAAUUCAGAACCAGGAUGAGAUGCUCAAGACUGGUCGGUUGUCUCAUCCGUACAAGGGAAUUGGUGAUUGUUUUGCUAGAACUAUUAAGGAUGAAGGGGUGCUUUCACUUUGGAGAGGAAACACUGCUAAUGUUAUCAGAUACUUCCCUACUCAGGCGCUGAACUUUGCUUUCAAGGAUUAUUUUAAGAAGCUCUUCAACUUCAAGAAAGAAAGAGAUGGCUACUGGAAAUGGUUUGCUGGGAACUUGGCAUCUGGUGGGGCUGCCGGAGCUUCUUCCCUCUUGUUUGUUUAUUCUUUGGACUUUGCCAGAACUCGUUUGGCCAAUGAUGCCAAGGUUGCUGCUAAGCAGGGUGGUCAAAGGCAGUUCAAUGGCUUGAUUGAUGUUUACACCAAAACCAUUAAAUCCGAUGGUAUCACUGGCCUUUAUCGCGGAUUCACCAUCUCUUGUGUUGGGAUUGUUGUGUAUCGUGGUCUCUAUUUCGGAAUGUAUGAUUCUUUGAAACCAGUGGUUCUGGUCGAUGGCUUGCAGGAUAGUUUCUUUGCAAGUUUCUUUUUGGGUUGGGGAAUCACAAUAGGUGCUGGCUUGGCCUCUUACCCCAUUGAUACUGUUCGUAGAAGAAUGAUGAUGACAUCCGGAGAAGCCGUGAAAUACAGCGGCUCCGUGGAUGCAUUCAAGCAGAUCAUCGCCAAAGAGGGUGCUAAGUCGCUCUUCAAAGGUGCCGGUGCGAACAUAUUGCGUGCUGUUGCAGGUGCCGGUGUGCUUGCCGGUUAUGACAAGCUACAGCUCCUUUUGUUUGGAAAGAAAUAUGGUUCUGGUGGUGGAGGCUAAGAUAUACAGAUAAUGAUGAAAGAAACUAUAUGGGACAGUAUGUUGAAUCUCAUUCAUGCUGAAAAUAAAUAAUAACUAUUUGAGCUUUCUCAGAGUUUAUAGACUCGGAUAUUUAGAAACCAUAGUUUUUCUUUUAAUUGUUUGAGGGUACAUGUUUGGAGCUUGUAGCUUGAGUGGUUAUGAUGACCAUUUUGGUUGAAAUAAUUGAAGACUGUUCAAAGUUGCCAUUCUAUUCUCGUGUUC